CUGGAGGAACUCAUCUGCAAAGUUCUUCCCCAACUUCCAGAAUUUUCCUCGUCUCGCUAUAAAGACCGAGGAGGAAACCCAUCCGCCUGGAAGUGGAUGCAGAGAAACCCAGGGAAUCAGAAAAGCCUUAAAGGUCUCUGUCUUGGCUCACACUCGCUGCAGUCAUGCAUGUGAAGAGGCUUAUUGUUCUGUGUGUGCUGGCCAUCUCCACCGCCGGUGCCGUGAAGAAGGUCAGUGCGGGCGCGGAAAAGAAGCCCGCCGCUGGGGAGAAGAAGCCCGUUGCCGUGGAGAAGAAGCCCGUUGCCGUGGAGAAGAAGCCCGCCGCUGGGGAGAAGAAGCCCGUUGUCGAGGAGAAGAAGCCUGUUGCCAUGGAGAAGAAGCCCGCUGCUGAAGAGAAGAAGCCUCUGAGCAGCCAUGCCUCCAUACUGGCAGAUAACAGCGCCAGCUUGGCCUUCAACCUCUACCAUAACACGGCCAAGGAAAAGAACAUAGAGAACAUCCUGAUCUCUCCUGUGGUGGUGGCCAACUCCCUAGGUCUGGUGGCCCUCGGUGGGAAGUCCUCCACAACCUCUCAGGUCAGGACAGUGCUCAGCAACGACCGGGUGAAGGACGACCAGCUCCACGCUGGUCUGGCCGAGCUCCUGACGGAGGUGAGCGACCCAGCCGAGCGGAACGUCACCUGGAAGAUCAGCAACCGUCUCUACGGGCCCAGCUCCGUCAACUUCGCCGACGGAUUUGUCAAGGGCAGCAAGAAGCACUACAACUUUGAGCACUCGAAGAUCAACUUCCGCGACAAGCAUAGUGCGGUGAACUCCAUCAAUGAGUGGGCGUCCAAGUCUACAGAUGGAAAGCUUCUGGAAGUUACCAAGGAUGUUGACAAAACAGACGGAGCCAUGAUCAUCAACGCCAUGUUCUUUAAGCCUCAUUGGAACGAACAGUUUCACGACAAGAUGGUGGACAACCGCGGUUUCCUCGUGUCUCGCAAUUUAAAACUCUCCAUUCCCAUGAUGCACCGCACUGGCAUCUAUGGCUUUCAUGAAGACACCAAAAACAGACUGAACGUCCUGAGCAUGCCCCUCGCCCAUAAAAAGUCAUCUUUGGUGUUAAUCAUGUCCUACCAUGUGGAGCCCUUGGAGCGUCUCGAGAAGCUCCUGACGCGCAAACAACUGGACACGUGGAUGAGCAACCUUGAGGAGAAAGCUGUGGCAAUUUCUCUGCCUAAAACCAGUAUUGAAGUCAGCCACAACCUUCAGAAACAUCUUGGGGAGCUGGGCUUGACUGAAGCUGUGGACAAAACCAAGGCUGAUCUCUCCCACAUCUCGGGGAAGAAGGAUUUGUACCUGUCUAAUGUGUUUCACGCCUCGGCCAUGGAGUGGGGCACGGAGGGAAACCCCCCUGACCUCAGCGUCUACGGCACCGACAAGCUUAAGGACCCCAAGCUCUUCUACGCCGACCACCCCUUCAUCUUCCUGGUGAAGGACAACAAGACCGACUCCAUUCUUUUCAUUGGUAGAAUGGUCCGGCCAAAGGGAGACAUACUGAGAGAUGAAUUAUAAACUGUGUGUGUGUGUGUGUGUGUGUGUGAUGUGUGUGUGUGUGUGUGUGUGUGUGAUGUGUGUGUGUAUGUCUGUGUGUGUGUGUGUGUGUGUGUGUGUGUGUAUGUGUGUUCUUCAAAGAGAUAUGGGAGCAGAACACUUUCACCAACAUGUGUGCAGGAGGAACAACAUGCUUAUAUUAAGUAUGCUCCCUGAAUAUUUGCCAUAAAGUUAAUGUAUGCAUUCCUCUCAGGGAUUCUCUGGAAACUGAAAGACGCAAAACACUUUCACUGUAAAAAAACACAAUAGUGUUCAGUUUCUGAGAAUGUAACGGGGAUCCCAUUUGAAAUGUUUUUUUUUUAAGAUCAGGGUUGACCAUGUUGAGAAUCAUUCCUCUUGUGAAAUGACCCACUUGCACUGAUGCAACCUGUGGGGUCUUGGUUAAAAAAUUAAGACAAAAUUUCAGGGCCUUACAUGGAAUAUGUUUGCUCAUAUGAUUAUAUUUGAAUGCGGGGGUGGCAUGACAGAUGUACAUCAUUCCAUUGUUUUUUCCAAUAAAAGAUGGAACAAAA